GCUAGUUCAGAGAUUAGAGUCACGAUCGUUAUAAAGCCGCGUUCUUGAUCGUAAAUAAGGUGGAUCACAUUCGAAGCUGCACUGCUAUUUAUCGACGUCUCAAUCACCACAAGGAACACACCGGUGUGGUGGGCAAGACUUUGCUCAGCCUUCGCAAAGCCACCACAUCCAACACAAAAUGCGCAAUCGGGAUUGGUAAGGCUCAAGUUGCAGGAGGGCGCGCAUGUCGGCGACAGUUCCGUUCCUAGCGAUCGAGGUUAGCAAACGUAGGGGCAAAGCGCGAAUAACUAUAACAUUAUACUGUACCGACACCAUCAUCUCUCUUCGGGAGGUGGUGAGAUCAAGGGGCACGCCCAAUUUCUCAACGGCCCUAAACCGCAUUCGGCCAGUUCACCUCCGCGACCCUCCGCAACCCAAACUUUCUCCUGGCAGGCACCAACAAAAACCAGCACCAUGGAUCUCAACGAAGCGCAAGUGAGGGUCUUGAGCCUAAUCCACGAUGCGAACGAGAAAUUCCACAAGAUCCCCGGCUCCGCAAUUAUUCUGCGGUACAUCAAGAGCAGCUACCAGAAUGACCCUGUAAGGAGUGUCUUCGAGCUAUUCCUGUUUUUGUUCGCGGUGCACUAUGUGCUCGCGCCGGCGUACUCGACGCAGAAGAACAAGGAGGUUUCUCUGACCGAGGAGGAAAUCGACGAGCUGAUUGAUGACUGGACUCCUGAACCGCUUGUCGCGCCGCUGACACCGGAGGAGGAGAUGGAGAACGAGAAGCGGCCGGUCAUUGUUGGCCCGACGGGUCCCAAGUCGAAACUUUCCAACGGUCGCACGGUCACCAAUCUCGCAUCCUACAACUUCCACAACUUCGUCGCGAAUGAAACAUUGAAGGAGAAGGCUAUACAGGCGCUAAGGACAUAUGGCGUAGGCCCAUGCGGUCCUCCAGGCUUCUACGGAACUCAGGACGUGCACAUGAAGGCCGAGGCGAACAUAGCGGCGCAUUUGGGCACGGCGGCCUGCAUCGUCUAUGCGCAGUCAUUCUCGACGAUUUCGAGCGUUAUCCCGUCCUUCUCCAAACGCGGAGAUAUCAUUGUUGCGGACAAGGCUGUCAAUUUUGCGAUUCGUAAGGGAAUUCAGAUUUCAAGAAGCACGGUCAGGUGGUUUGAACACAAUGAUAUGGAGGACUUGGAAAGGGUCUUGAAGCGGGUUGUAAAGGAGCAGGCCAAGAAGCCUCUGACUAGGCGCUUCAUUAUUACGGAGGCAUUGUUCGAGAACGUGGGCGAUAUUGUGGACUUGCCCAAGCUGAUUGAAUUGAAGCUCAAGUACAAGUUCCGCCUCAUUCUCGACGAGACCUGGUCGUAUGGUGUCCUGGGCAGGACCGGCCGCGGCCUCACGGAGGCGCAGAACGUGGACGCCACGAACGUGGACAUGAUCAUCGGGUCGCUAUCCGGACCGCUCUGUGCCGCUGGAGGCUUCUGUGCAGGGAAUGAGGAGGUCGUCGAGCAUCAGCGCAUCUCGUCGUCUUCUUAUACAUUCUCGGCCGCUCUUCCCGCUCUCCUUGCUACUACCGCCAGCGAGACGAUACAGAUGCUGCAAGACCAGCCCGAGAUUCUUACCUCUUUAAGGGAGAGUAUCAAAGUAAUGCGAGCGCAGCUGGACCCAAGGAGCGAUUGGGUGAUGUGCACGAGCUCCCCAGAGAAUCCCAUUAUGCUUCUCGUGUGGAAGCCAGAGGUUGUAGCAUCGAAGAACCUCAGUGUUGCAGACCAGAAUCAGCUGUUCCAGGACGUAGUGGACGAGUGCAUCGCCAACGGCGUCCUCAUUACCAGACUGAAGGCCAUGCCCAAGGCCAUCGGUGCGUCCGCUAACGAAAAGGAAUGGCAACCUACGCCUGCACUGAAAGUAUGUGUUACAUCUGGUCUCACGAAGAAGGAAACCGAGAAGGCGGGUGUCAUCAUUCGCCAUGCCAUCACGAAGAUCAUCACGCGAAGGAAGUAAUUGGUAUGUAUUAUAAGAAGGAGAGGGGAGACGAGACGGGGCGUACGAAGUAAUUAUUGGGCUUAUGACUGGGAUAUUGCAUAGCGGAGCGGGCGUUCUG